AUGGAGGAUAAUACUCAAAUGGAUUCAAAUGGAGAUCAACUCUCCAUGAGUUAUGACUACGAUGAUCUGGUCGAGAAAGCCGCAAAAUUAAACACACCACCGGAGAUUACCGUCGCUUUUGGAAUAUUAUUCAUGACACUGAUAAUUGUGGGAAACACGUGGGUGAUCAUCGCCGUGUUUCGUCAACCCAAACUGAGGAACUCCGCAACAAGCCUUUUUAUUGUCUCAUUAUCGGUAUCCGAUCUAAUGAUAGCGGUCUUCUUCAUCCCUUACCACGUUGGACACUUCGCAUACAGUCUCCCGAUAUCCAACAGAGCAGUGUGCAAACUAUUCGGAUAUUUGCACUGGGCGGCGCAGUGUGGAACUACGUUUUCGCUUAUUGGUAUAGCAGUGGACCGCUAUCGUGCCAUCGUGCUGCCCAUGAAACCAAAACUAACCGUACAACACGCUUUAAUCGGUUGCGCCAUUGUGUGGAGUUGUGCGCUUGGAUAUUCGUCUUUUAAACUGUCCGUAAAUGACGUACUUGUCGAGAAUAAGACGGUCACGACGGAAGUAAACAACGUAACUUUGUAUGAUUAUGAAGUAGUACACACAUGCUACGUUCGGGACGAAGAUACAGAUCGAUGGUUUCGCUUGACAGACUUGGUUUUAAUGUACAUACUUCCACUAUUGAUAUUAUUAGUUCUUUACUCGAUAAUGAUAUUCACACUAUGGUUCAGCGAAUCACCAACAAAUGCUAGCAGCCAUAACAAGAAGAAGGCAGUUAGAAUGCUAAGUUUCGUCGUGCUACAAUUUGCAUUAACGUGGCUUCCGAACCACAUCUUACAGUUUUAUUUCACCUGGUCUGAAACUUUUCCUAGAAAUGAAUUCUUGUGGUCGAUUGUUCCUGCUAACUUAGCUAUAUUUAUCUUUCUCUGUAAUAGUUGGAUCAACCCUUUUCUUUACGCUUAUUUUCACGAGAGCUUUAGGAAAGAGUUUAAAAAAUUAUUCCCCUGUUUCUAUAAUUGUCGAAAAACUCAGAUACAGUCGGAAGUUAGCGCCACAUCGCGCAAUAUGUCUAAGAGUAAAGGUAGAGCGAGUUACGGGGCAAAAACGCAAGUGUCAACUAUAAGCACUACGUUUGCAUAG